AUGAUUGAGCGUUACAAGUAUUCUCGCACCAGUAUAACCCCGGGACCUGCCUCCUUACCUACCACCGUAAGCGAAUCCACGACCCAGUCUAUUCCUGAUCCAUCUUCUCGUCCUAGCUUGGCCGCAUUGACCUCAUCAACCACUACUACGACAGUCUCCUCCGUUAUUCCCCCAAAAGACGACUCUAAUAAUUAUCAGUCUGGACGUUUAGUAUCUUGGUCAUAUCCUCAGGUUGCCGCCUCCUCUCAUUUAUCAAGCUCCAAUAGUUCAUCUUCACUCUCUUCAACCAAUCACUUAUCCCAGUCCGCCGAAUCUACUUCCGUGGAUACGUCCAGCAGCAAUUGCCACCUUGCUCAGACUCACAAACAACCACUUGCUCUCUCUCCCCUCCCUUCCAAGAUAAUCAUUUCGCGCAGCGAGAAUACUUCUGUCGAUCACGCCAACAGAGAUAGCCAACUUAGAACUGCGACAGAACCUAGUGGAGUUUCGGACUCCUGA